CUUAUCAUCUAGCUCACCAUCAGAGAUCCAUGUCCUUUCAGAAUCCAUGUCCUCCAUGUCCUCUGAGAAUACAGCCUCUGGAUUAGUGGAAACCUUUGUCAAAGGAAUGGCGACUAUUUUCCAGAAAAAUGAGUCCACUGACACUGUGCUACUGGAAAGAAGUGGGAGAGUUUCACAGUGCUCCCACGGGGGCUCCCAACUGGAUGAUACUGAAUUGAGUGUUAAAAUAUCAGAGGAGAAGCUUUGGUCAACAGCUAAGAACAUCUGCGUCAGUAUGAAGAACACACUUAAGGAUUUCUUCACAGGGCUGAAGCCAUCCGGAUCCGAAAGGACAGAAAUCGCUUCUUCCAAAGAGACCCUUGGGGAAAUCCUGGUUGCUAUCCAGAGUGAAAUCUCAAACUUCGGGCGAAUGAAGGAUUCCAGGGAGCUCCUUCAGAUCAAUGAUAUGGUAGGAACUAUGCUGAAGGAGAUUGAGAAAAGUGAGGAUGACAGUGAACAAGUCUGCCAAGACAUCCCUAGAACCUGUUCAUCUUUAUCCACUUCUUUAAAUGGUCGUAGUUCCUUGUCCAGCUCUUCAAAGGGUCCUAGGUCAGAGUGUGAGUUAGAGAUCAACCUCCCUGGCACUCCCAUCCCUGACGAAGUGCCUUUUGAUCUGACCUGCCCCAUCGUCAGGAGCUCCUGCAUCGACACCAGGGACUCUAAAAUGCCAGAGAUUUCUACAAGUGACCUAAAGACAAAGAUGAUGGCACACACAGAUGAACCCCUGCAUCGUAACAGUCCAAUGACUGACAGCAGCCGACCACCUAGUGCUAAAGUCUCUUUUCGAUCCUCCACUCCGUCUUUCACCAGCAAGGGAACCUCUUUGGUACCAAAGGGAGAGGGGAUUGACAUUGAAGAGAAGGAGGUGUGUAUCCCCAGCAGCUCUGGCCAUCUGAGGGAGCUCUUAAUCAUCCCGGACAUCAGCAGUGCCACUGCAUUCCCACUGCAGUACUUGAUGGACUCCAGCAAAGAUGAUGCCAUCUGUUUUGUCACCAUGGUGAUAAGGUUUCUAUCGAAGAUCAGACCUUCAGCCCUAGAUGGACCCUCCCAACAGGCAGCAGAUCUGACCGAAACAUCUCAGCAACUCAUCAGACAAGUCCUGUCUGAGUUCUGUGCUGCAUCCAGAUUAUCCAGGACACAGGCAUAUUCCCAGAACCUGAACAUCCAAAGGGUGUUCAGAGGUGUACAUAAAAACCUCAUGGAGGAGUUUGGCUCUUAUAACACCCUGCAAGCAGCUAUGUCCUCCCAGGACCCUUCAUUUGACAGAGUUCUGGUAAAGUCCUUGACCCAGCAGCUGGUACAGGGAUGCAAGGAGGCGUCAAGACCAGCUUCUGCUGCAACAAACCCAUCAGACCAGGCUGAGACAGAGAGGGGGGCUGAGCAGAAAGCAAGAAGGAGCUUCCUUUGCCUUUGAAUGAUCAAACUCAGGAUCAACUUCAAGGUAUAGCAGGGAGUUAGCAUUUGUUUUUUGUUCCAGUUAGGUGCUGAUGUUAUUGAUGUGGCUAUGAUAAGACAAAUACAUUAAAUAAAUGUUUUAUUCAU